CAUUGAUUGGGUGUGCGUGACGUUACCCGCACGUUUUCUUUCGAUCGCUUCGCUUCGACGUCACUUCCCGUCCACCACCGCGCGCGACCUCGCUGGCUCGCUCAGGCCUGGACACGACAAAAUGGAGUUCCCUCGCCGCGGUCACAGGUGGCCCGGCCGAAAUGACGAGAGAUUUGGAGAGGAUAUUCUAAACCCAUCUGACCCAAGAAUGUUGAGAGGAGACAUGGGGCCACAGAAGGGAGGUAAAACGUACACUAAGGCUGUGAAGCUGCUCGAAACGAUGCUGGAGAUGGUGCAGUCUGAGUGUUCAAACAAACCGCCUGGUGGAGGUGGACGUGAAAGGUCACCUCACAGAGGACACAACUCAAGUGAGUCGUUUGACUCCAGGCCAAGAUUCAAUGAACCCAACCCAUUCAUUCAGCAGGGCACAAGAAUGAGUAGUUGUAACCGUGACAACUUCAGAAAGCCUCAAGAGCAUCCUCAUAUCCAAGGCAACAGUUAUGAUGACAAGUAUAAUGUUCCUGCCUGGGCAGAAUAUCCAGACCACCAAGAAAUCGGAAGACCAAGUAGAGCGAAAAAUAUUGGAAGGCCUUCCAAUGAUCAGAGCCAUGGGAGGGAUAGCAUUGCUGAUGUGCAAGAUUUUCAAAGAUACGCCAACAAGCAAGGUUUAAAACAUCGGGACACUGAACUACUUUUUGUGAAUUCUGAUCGCGAUCCAAAUUUAAAAGAUUCGGAAAACAGUAUGCCAUUUGAAGGUCGAAGCAGACAUGGAUAUGUGGGAUUCAACACAAAUCCAAGUUCUCACGGUCCAGACUCGAGGCCAGGAUUACCAGAGCCAGUUGAUAAGAGAGGCUUUAGAGGUCCAGAUGACAGGUCUCGUUUUGGAGGUCCACAGGGUAUGUUAGGUUUUGAAGGGCCAAAAAGGUCAGGCAGUCAAGGUCCAGGUAACAGAUCAGGUUUUAGAGGUACAGAUGACAGGUCACAACAUAGAGGAUCACACAGCAUGUCACGUGUUCAUGGUCCUGAAAUUAGAUCAGGGUUUAUAAGUCCUGCCUGCACAUCAGGCUUUGGGGGUUUGGAUGACAGAUCAGGCUUUCAAGGACCAUAUGAAACCUCUGGCUUUGGCAGUAUGGAUGUCAAGUCAAGCUUUCAAAGUCAAAAUGACAAUCCUGUUCGUCCAGGUGUUUUGACUGGAUUUGCAGGGUCACAAAAAGGAUUGCUGUUUCAAGGCCCUGACAAUAGACACAGCCAUGAAGGCUCAACUGGCAGACAAGACAUCAAAGGUUUAAAUGACAGGCCAGGAAUUCCAGGCCUUGGGUGCAUACCAAGCUUUGGAGGUUCAGACAAUAGGGAAGGAUUUGGUGGUCCAGACCUAAAGCAAGGGUUUGUAGAUGUCGGUGAUAGGUCAGGCCUUAGAGAUUCCAACAACAGGCAGCGUUUUGAAGGUGCAAACAGCCAGUUGGCCUUUGGAGCUCCAGAUACUCAGUCUGACUUUAGAGUUUCGGAUAACAAGCUGGGAUUUGGAGGUCAAAAUAACAGACCAGGCUAUGGUAGUGCAGACGCAUCAGGUUUUGGAGGUCCGAAAAGCACUCAAGGCUUUGGAGGUCUGGACAGUAGGCCAUACCCUGGAGGUUCAGAUGACCGGCCAGGUUUUGGAGGUCACGAUGACCGGCCAGGUUUUGGAGGUCACGAUGACCGGCCAGGUUUUGGAGAUUCAAAUAACCGGCCAGGAUUUGGAGAUCCAAAUAACCGGCCAGGAUUUGGAGAUCCAAAUGACCGGCCAGGAUUUGGAGGUACAAAUAACCCACCAGGUAUUGAAGUUACAAAUGACCGGCCAUGUUUUGUAGGUCCAAAUGACCGGCCAAGUUUUGGAGGUCCAAAUGACCGACCGGGUUUUGGAGGUCAUAAUGACCGACCAGGUUUUAGAGGUCUAAAUGACCGACCAGAUUGUGAAGAUACAUCUGACCGUCCAGGAUUUGGAGGUACAAAUGACCGACCAGGUUUUAAAGCUCCAGAUGACCUGCCAGGUCUUGAAGUUACAAAUGACUGGCCAGGUUUUGGAGGUCAUGAUGACCGGCCAGGUUUUGGAGGGCCUAAUGAUCGACCAAGUUUUGGAGGUCAUGAUGACCAAUCAGGUUUCGAAGGUGCAUAUGACCGGCCAGGUUUUGGAGGUCAUGAUGCCCGGACAGGUUUUGAAGGGCCUAAUAAUCCACCAAGUUUUGGAGGUCAUGAUGACGGACCUGGUUUCGGAGGUCCAAAUGACCGACCAGGUUUUGUAGGUCUAAAUGACCGACCCGGUUUUGGAGGUCUAAAUGACCGACCAGGUUUUGGAGGUCUAAAUGACCGACCAGGUUUUGAAGGUCUAAAUGACCGACCAGAUUUUGAAGGUACAAAUGACCGACCAGAUUUUGAAGGUACACAUGACCGGUCAGGUUUUAGAGGUGCGAAUAACCAACCAAGAUUUGGAGAACCAAAUGAUCGGCCAGGUUUUAGAGGUCCAAAUGAUCGACCAUAUUUUGAAAGUAUAAAUGACCAACCAGGUUUUAGAGGUUCAAAUGACCGACCAGGAUUUGGAGAACCAAAUUACCAGCCAGGUUUUGGAGAUCCAAAUGACCGGCACGGUUUUGGAGGUCCAAAUGACCGGCAUGGUUUUGGAGGUCCAACUGACCAGCAAGAUUUUGGAGGUCCAACUGACCAGCAAGACUUUGGAGGUCCCAAUAACAGGUCUUGGGUUCGAAGACCAAAUGUAGAGCCAGGAUUUGGAAGUCGAAAUGUACAGCCUUUGCUUGAAGGCCUCCAUGACUGUCCUGGGUUUGGAGGUCCGGUUGUACAACCAGGUGUUGGAGGUUCCAACGAGCAGUUACGAUUUGAAGAUCCAUACGUACAGCCAGGGUUCGGAGGUCCAAAGAACCGGCAACAUUUUAAACCUCCAGGGUUUGGACAACGUGGCAUCAGAGGCUCUGGUCCAAGCGGUAUGCAGCAUUUUGGAGGUCGAGGAGAUGGGCCAGGGUUUAGAGGUCCAUACAAUAAAAAUGCUGGGUUUGUUAAGAUUCAAAAGAAGCGCAGUCGCUCACAUAAACUUAUCAGCAAAACAUGGACUCGUGGGAAAAGACUGGGUCCUCCUGUCGUUGAAAAAAAACACCUGGAUUCUGUGAAUACCAAGAGCAGCACCCCUUUAGCACCUUCAAGGGAUCCAAAAUCCCAUCACAAGCCAUCCACGCCAAGUGACACUGCAGUUGGCGCCGAGGCAAAGAAAGCAGCGACAAAACCUGUGCAGGACGCAAGUUCCCGCCCGCAAAAACUCCCCGACGCUGGGAAAGACAAGAAAACUAAAGCCAAGCCCGCUCAAUGUCGGUACAACUACGCCUGCUGUUUGUGCAAAGUCACGGCUCAAGCGUGCGCCGAGAUGGAUUCCCACAUGGCGAGCAAAAAGCACAAGCAGCUGAUGAAGCAACUCGUGGCACUCUGUCCCGACGGAGAAACCCUCUCCAGUUUCCUUCAAGCGUACAUGGACUGGAGGAACGCCAGAGUGGCGAAGCUCGGCGGCGACGUCACCCGCCCCUUGGAGGGGCACCCGACUGCCUCGUCAAGCGACUCGAACAAAAAUGCUGAAGCAGCGCUGGACGAAGCGCUGGAGGCGACGCGCGUUGUGUGGUGCCACGCGUGCCGUGUGCACGUGCCCUACGUCUCCAAGUGUCUGAAGGAGCACAUGUACUCGGAGUUGCACAUCACUAACAGGAAGGUGACCAUGAAGGAGAGAACGACCAACGUGGUGGACAUAUUGAAGAGCUUAAUGCAGCUGCCAAAAAGCCUCGCUUUGUUGGAGUCCUUUAAAAAGGGUAAAGAUCCGUUCACAAACGUAACCGCCUUCAUCGAGGAGUGGGAAUUCAAUCCUGAGGACAACGUAAAAGAGAAAUCCGCCGAAGCGAGUGCCAAGGUUGUGACGUGUGAAGAGGGCACUUCCGGGCAAAAUCAAGUGCCCGUUAUGGAGCUUCUGAAGAAGCGUAGCCAGCCCGAUACCGCUCGCUCGUCUGCUUUUGAAAGGGCCAAGGAGGGCGUCCCAGCUCCGGUGAACAUGGAAAAGCAGAUUAAGCUGGUGGGUAAGGAGAUUGACUUGGCUAAGAAGAAAAGACCACACGUUCCUGCCAAACCUCCCAACGUUAAGAAGGAGAGAAUCGACGCCCCUGCUAAAACUUCCAACGUUCAGGAGAGAAUCGACGUCCCUGCUAAACCUCCCAACGUUAAGAAGGAGAGAAUCGACGCCCCUGCUAAAACUUCCAACGUUCAGGAGAGAAUCGACGUUCCUGCUAAACCUCCCAACGUUAAGAAGGAGAGACUCAACGACGCUCCCACUAAAACUUCCUCCAUUGCAUCGGCAGGUGCGAGUGUCACAACGGCACAGAAGGAAAUGGCGAAUGCUCACUGGGCCGAUGUUGACGACCGUGCGGAUGGAGGCAUGGGGAAAGGAGGAGGGUUCGAGGGAGAUAUCGAAGGGGGCUUGGAAGAGGAGGGCAUAGUUGUGCUCAACAUGGAUGAGGACUUCAAGCUGGAUGAUUUUGACGAUGAGGAUUAUGAAGCUGGUGAAAUUGUGCACAUUAUGGCCGGGGAAUAGACCCGAAGAGCAAACGUGGCAGCAUCUGUGGCCUGGUUGCGACUACGUUAAGUGCGAGACCCUGCCGAUUUGCUAAAUGUCUUGUUUGUCAAACAUAAAACAGGCAUUGUUGUGAUUCAACAGGCAUGGACGUGGCACAAUAUUAAUUCUUUAAAUGAAAAAUCCUACAGGGGGCUAGCAGUUCAGUGCCGGCUCACACCUUCUAACGCGAAGCAAAGGUGUUUAGCCCCCAGUUCGCGCACUGUAGAUUUUGACACUGUUUUUUUACGCUGUCGUUAAUACAUUUAUUUUUACGUCUUAAAAGUCAUUGCGAGACACGUGUGAUCAGCACGUAUCCGCCAUCUAAAUCAUUCUAUCCUGCACAUGAGAUUUCAACGUACGUUAAUAACUUAUGGAUUUGCCCUUAAGCCCAAAUUAAUAAUCUCCAGUUCAAAAUCCACGUUAUUGCCUCUACAGUACAGUAGUUGCAUAUUUUUACAACAGUGGUGUUCAUAGGCGUGGCUCUGCUGUCUGCUUAGUGGGCUGAUUCUUCUGCACGGGAGCGGGAAAGUGCCAUCACUGACCACGCGCAUUCGAUUCUUUACAACAAAUUUUUGUUUUGUUCAUUAACAAACUCAACUUUUUUUUAACUUAAACAUAAUUAAUACCUAUAUUCGUGGCUGUUGGCAUAGAGAGCUGCGGAGAAUAAAUUAUCCGCAGCCAUCCUCCCCGUCGUUAGUGCGGACAAUCCGAGAGUCUUCUGUAUAUUAGAAAAAAAAGUUUUGCUGGCUGGUGCGCGGGCAGUGACGUCACUGCACGAUGCCAUCACAGCGUUGAUCCGGUUUCAUUCGUCGCGCUGAUGUCAUGCAGCCCCUCUUCCCCCCCCCGCCAUCCAUCACGGCCGUGUAUCCCACUCAAAUGCGUGGGUCAGUGCUGGUGUGAUGUAGAAAGUGUCGUCUGAAAACCAAAAUGUUGACCUCAAGUUGAUUUGAUUACCUAGAUCAUAAUUGGUGAGGGUUUUAGGUUACAUAUGUAAUGGGGUUAUACGGUAGGAGUUUUAUUAUUUCCCCUUACUAUCUGGACACUGUUACAAAAGUAAAAUGAAAAUAAAUUUUUUUACAGCUUAAA